GUUGACAUUUCCACGGAAAUACUGUAGUACUAAAUUACUACAGUAUGUUUGAUCUGUUCAACAAUGAUGGCUAAAAUCAAAGAGAAAUUAACAACAACCUCAAAAGACUUGUCGAUUGAAAUUUCUUUGGAAAGACUUGGGCAUUGAUCGACUUGAGCCAAACAUCUGAGCAGUUUUCUUGCUUUCUUCCCUACCAACUUUCUUGCAAAAAUGGGUUAUGGGCACCUCCUUUUUCUAUUAUCUUUCUAUCUCUGUCAUGAACUUACUUUUUCUUCAUCCAGAUUAGCUCAUUUGUGCCCCAAAGAUCAAAGCAUUGUCCUUCGAGAAUUCAAGCAGACGUUUAUUGUAGAUGCAUCACUCACAUUUUUUAUUUGCGAUUUCUUUGGUCAGAAGCCUUAUCAAAAAACAGACUCGUGGAAUAUGAGCAGAGACUGUUGCUUAUGGGAUGGAGUGAAAUGUGAUGAGUUGACUGGCCAUGUUAUUGAACUUGACCUCAGUUGCAGCAGUCUUGUUGGGACCAUUGACUCCAAUAGCAGCCUCUUCCGACUCUCUUAUCUCCAAAGGCUUAACCUUUCUGGAAAUAACUUCUUUUCGGUAAUCUCUUCUAAAUUUGGCAGCUUUUCGAGCUUGACUCAUCUUGAUCUUUCCUACUCAUCUUUCUUAGGUGAAAUUCCUUCCGAAAUCUUCCAUCUUUCCAAGUUACAGUCUCUUAUUUUAUCAGAUUACCACAUAGGGCUCAGACUUGAACCUCACAAUUUUAAAUUGCUUCUUCAGAACUUGACCCAAUUAAGAGAGCUUGAUCUUUCUCGCGUAAAUAUCUCUUCAACCAUACCUCCAAAUUUAUCAUCCCGUUUAACAAGUCUGGGCCUUGCUUACACAGGAUUACACGGGAUAUUACCUGAGAGUAACUUUCACUUGCCAAGCUUGAAAGUUCUUAACUUGAUUGGCAAUGAUCAGCUCAGUGGUUAUUUUCCAAAGACCAAAUGGAACAGCAGUGCUUCUCUCGCGAAGUUGAACCUUGAUGGAGUAAAUUUUUCUGGUGAGCUCCUGCCUGAUUCUCUUGGCUAUGCAACUCCAUUGCAGAUAUUGUCACUUAGUUCGUGCAAUCUCACGGGGCCAAUUCCGAAAUCUCUUUGGAAUCUCACCCGCAUAGAGACCUUGGACCUAGGAAAUAACCAUCUUGACGGACCAACAUUUCCUCAGUUUACAAGUGGACUGCAGAAUCUGAAGAGACUUUGGCUAUCAAAUAACACCCUGAAUGGAGCAAUACCGUCAUGGGUAUUCUCCCUUCCAUCACUGAGUGAACUACGAUUGCGCGACAACAACUUUUCCAGUCAACUUGAGGAUUUCAGGUACAAUUCAGUACUAGUCCAUAUUGAUAUAAGCAAGAAUCAGUUGCACGGAUAUCUUCCCGAAUCAAUUCAGAACCUUGUCAAUCUAGAAAUACUUGAUCUUUCAUCUAACAGUUUUAGUGGCAACGUAGAUGUCAGCCUCUUUUCAAACCUCAAACAGCUUUCCUCUCUGGAUCUUUCAUAUAAUAGUAUUUCUCUGAUCAAUGAGAACAAAGUCAAUUCUACCUUGCCCCAAUCUCUUCAACACUUACUUUUGUCCGGUUGUGAAAUAAAUGAAGUGGAUUUCUUGAGAUCAGCAAAAGGGCUUCAGGAGUUGGAUCUUUCAAAUAACAAGAUUCAAGGAAGAAUUCCUGAUUGGGCAUGGUCUAAUUGGAUGCAUUCAAUGGCAUAUCUUGAUCUAUCCGAUAAUAUGUUGACAAGUAUUGACCAGAUUUCAUCAUUUUACCAACUAUAUAGUAUUGAUCUACGGUCUAAUUUUCUUCAAGGGACACUACCAAUUCCACCAACCUCUGUAGAAACUUUUUUCAUAUCAAAUAAUAGUCUCACUGGUGAGAUCCCUCUUUCUGUUUGCAAUUUGACAUCACUGAUAGUUCUAGAUUUGGCAAGAAACAGUUUGAAGGGAGCGAUUCCGCAUUGCUUGGGUAACAUGAGUGACCAACUCGAGGUUUUGGAUAUGCAACACAACAGUCUCUCUGGGAAUCUCCAAACAACUUUUAGCUUUGGAAGUGGCCUUAAAAGCUUCAACUUGCACCACAAUAAGCUAGAGGGGAAAAUCCCAAAGUCCUUGGCAAAUUGCACACAGUUGGAAGUUCUUGAUUUUGGAAACAAUUACCUAAAUGACACGUUCCCUAUGUGGUUGGGGACCCUUCCGAAUCUUCAAGUUUUAAGCUUGAGAUCCAAUAAAUUGCAUGGGCCUAUUAGAACUUCAAGUAGUUCGAAAUUGUUUCCUCAGCUUCGGAUGUUAGAUCUCUCUUCCAAUGCUUUUACAGCAGAAUUGCCAACAAGUCUUUUCAGAAAUCUGAAAGCAAUGAGGAGAAUUGAUCAAACAAUGAAGGCACCAGGUGAUACAACACAAACAUAUUACCAAGACUCGGUAACUAUUGUAACAAAGGGCUUAGAACUUAAAGUUGUGAGGAUCUUGUCUUUGUAUACCACUAUGGAUCUUUCAAGCAACAAAUUUGAAGGGCAUAUUCCUAGUAUGAUGGGAGAUCUCAUCGCACUGCGUGUGUUGAAUUUAUCUCACAAUGGGUUGCAGGGUCCUAUACCACCAUCACUUGGAAAGUUAUCUGUAGUCGAAUCAUUGGACCUUUCAUCCAACAAGCUUUCGGGAGAGAUACCAAAACAACUUGCUUCUCUCACAUCUCUUGCAGUUUUAAAUCUCUCCCACAAUCAUCUUGAAGGAUGCAUUCCAAAAGGACCUCAAUUUGCUACAUUUGAGAACAAUUCAUAUGAAGGCAAUGAUGGAUUGUGCGGAUUCCCAGUUUCAGGAGCUUGUGGAAGUCACCAGAUACCAGAGACAAACAACACAACAUUUGUGCCGGAUGAAGAAAGUGAUUCUACAUUUCUAAGUGAACUCAGUUGGAAAGUAGUUCUUAUGGGAUGUGGUUGUGGAUUGAUUAUGGGAUUCUCCAUAGCAUAUGUCAUGCUUUCUUCUCGAAACCCAAAUUGGCUUUCAAGGAUAGCUGAACAUUUAGAAUACAGAAUUAGUAUGAGAAGUCGAAAGAAGCAGCAAGAUCAAAUGCAUUGCAUAGAAGAAGAAGAAAUAAUGGCCAUCUAGACAAGCUCCCUGUCACACAAGAUGUAAUGUCGAGAACUUUCAUGCAUGCAGUGACUUAUGAGAUGUAAAUGGCCAAAGAGUGUGUCUAGCUGAAGUAUCAAGAAUUGGAAGGGCUAUGUGAACUGUGUUUUAUUUUUGCUUUUUGCUUUUAUAGCAGUGAUUAUAGACUUGUGUAUUCACUUAAAAUAUCUCAUUAGUUUAGAAUUGUCACUUUCUUCCCAUUAAAGAUGCUUAUAUUGACUUGUUCAACAAUUGAUGACUAAAUCAAAGUGGACACAUCAGCUUGAAAAGACUCAUCUGUUGUUGCAUAUCUAAUUCUUUAUUGCAGCAAUAUAAUUAUUACCUUUCUUUUAUAUGUUUCCAAUGGAGGACUUCUGUAUUGACUUUGAAUAUUUCAAAUGUACAUAAAAACAUAGAAAUAGGAAGUAGCAAGUUGACUCAAAUCCACAGUGAUCAAGAAAAAACAUCAACUUGAAAAGGUUCGUCCUUUGUAGUCAAGUAUCAUAUGAACUUUCAUUCUUGCAAAAUGGGCUACGGGCACCUGUUGUUGCUACUAUUAGCAUCUUUCUUUCUCCGUCAUGAGCUGCUGUUUCUUUUUCUUCGUUGGCACCUCAAUCAUGCCGCGAAGAUCAAAGACUUGCCCUUAUAGAAUUCAACAAGACCCUCGUUGUAAAUGC